AUGGCGUCCACUACAGCAAUUACCGCCGUGGCAUCGCUGACCACUCUCUUGCCAUUCACUUACACGGCGGUAAUGUCAUGUGUAAAGGAGAUCUACCUAGUCGAUGCUCCAGAGGAAACCUGCUUCCAAGGCACCAAACCUACCCCUUGCAGCUACUUUCACUUGGGUGCACCCACAUAUACGGCCAAGUGCUUCCCAAAAGAAUGGAGUCCCGACGAGGGCGCUUUCAUGUCACCUGCCGGAUGCCCGAGAAAGCACACGGUGGCAUGUGCUUCAACGGGAGCCAAAGAGACUAUAGCCACUUGCUGCCCUGACGACGGCUCACAAGGCACUUAUGACUGUAUACGUGAUCUAGAGUAUGACUUUAUGGCCACGGAUCGCUGUACUCGAAAGAUUGCCAAGACUGUAGAGUUUAUCUAUACAACGACAACUCUGGGGGAAGCAAAGACAAAAAUCGUUACCACCAGUGGUUCAGAUCAAGUGAUCUACGCGUAUGGCGCCGAAGUCCGGUGGCAAUCAUCUGAUUAUCCUACCGGGAUAUCGACCACCUCUCCCGAAAAUACAGAAGCUUCGAGUACACCAAACUCCACUGGGUCUGGAGGUGAACAAACAUCGGAUUCGAAAGAGUCCGCUGGAUCAGAAGAAUCACAUCCAGCUACAUCCGGGCUUUCAACUCCGGCCAAAGCUGGCAUAGGGGCGGGUGUGGGAGUCGCGGGCCUUUGCUUGCUGGUAGGCAUUGCCCUUCUUUGGCGGCGUUCCCAUCAGCAGGCAAAGAAGAGCUCACCACAGGAGGUCGAGGUGAGCCGACCAGAGGACUCAGCUGAUGAGGCUAUGAAGCAAAAGGAAAUUGUACACAUUGCAAGCAUUGAUUGCAGUAGCGCGGGGUCUGUCCCUCGAGAAAGUCCUCCUUGGACGCCUCACGAGGUAGAUGCGCCACAAAAGGUGCAUGAAGCAGAAGGAUAUGUCCCGACGAGGUUUCAAGAAGCGGACAGCAGACAUAUCCUGGAACUUGAAAGCCCGGCUGAAGAUUUUAGAAUGUACCGAUAUAGAUAA